AUGGCAACGCUACCGCAACAGGCUCCAGGGCCGGGUCCAACCGCCCAAGCCCUGCCCUCCUGGCUCUCUUACUCUGCGGCCGAAACAGACACCAUCGCUUACACAUCGACUCUGACCCAAGUAGUCUACGACCCACAAGGAAGCUUUGGGCCCUUUCAAACAGUAAAUGUUGUUCAGGGCACCACGACCUCGGUGGACUACUCGGUGGUGAACGUUCCAGUGCUGUAUACGGGGCCAUUCCCGGCUCCGGAUCUGGGGACGCUCUAUACGACGCCCGGGCAGAGCGCAACACAACAGGCUAGUGCUGGUCCUCAGACAGCAACAUAUACUGCGGGUAGCGGUGAGAAUAGUUCGCUCAACAAUGGAGCUACGGCAGGAACAGGCACUCAGACAGCUCCUCCAGCUUCGGCGCCUACACAAACAGAUCCUGCUGAAGCGUCGACAGCUCCUACAGACACGGCCACGCUAAUGACAGAACAAAGCGCGGGAACAGCCGAGCCAACCCAAGAUGGCUCGCUGACAGCCGCAUCAGCACCUACAACAUCACCCACCUCGACAGCACCAUCACAGAGCAAUGCACCGACCUCUACCACGCUCUCCGGCACCUCGCCGACCACAAUCAACGGCACCGGCACCUCCUCAGCGACAGACCCAACUUCAAAGACUGGAACCGCCACAAACAGCGAUCCCUCCGCCACCGCAGCUGGCACACCAAACACUCAGAUUCUUUCUUCCAACAGCUUGUCUGGCGGUCAAAUAGCCGGCAUCGUUCUCGGCGCACUUUUCGCCCUCCUGCUUCUCCUUUUGCUUUUGCUCUGCCUGCGUCGUCGACGAAAGAGGCGGCAAGAAGAGGCGAUACUUGGCGCGGCGACGGGCGGCGUAGGCGCCGCCGGUGGAGCUCGUGGCAACUAUGCUGCCAUCGGUGCUGGGACCGCUGCCCCAGGAAGGCUGACCGGCGACGACUGGAGGGAUGACCACCUAACGACGGCUGGUGCUGGAUCCGGAUUCUUCGUCGUCGGUGGAAGAAGGAAAGGUGACCGACAAGCCAGCAGCACCUCACGCCGGUCCCGAAACCGCGAGCAUUAUCCAACUGCGAGCAUCACUCCUUCCUCUCCCAACAGGACGGGCGCUUUCGCAGGCCUUGCAGCUGCAGGCGCAGCAGCGAUAGGCGCCGUCUUCGGUCGCAAACGACCACGCAACACGGGUCGGGUGGAGAUCGAGGAAGAUCCAUUCAGCGAGGAUGACGCUGGCGAUCUCACUGCAGAACGGCAGGGACUCAUGUCGUUUACAUCGCCCGACAGUACCUAUGGGUCUGGAUUCGAGAUGCGUGAGGGGAAGAGACGGAUAUUUGCCCCUACGCCGGCGGUGCUUGUCGGAGGCGCACGGGGCGGAUCGCGUCCACCAUCGGACGCAUAUUCCGCCUCAGGGAGCGGUACGAGCAGCUCACAUACGCAACGACCCGCGAUCAGUAGUAGCAACAGUGGGGUGACGCCGAGUGGAAGCGGGAGGAGUCUGCCGCCGCCUCCGAGGGCAUCGAGGAGUUCACCUACGAGUCAGACUAUGAGGAACGUGGAGCCCUCACGAAGCUCGCCCCCUUCUGCCAGGCCAGGCUUGGCAAGUCGAGGCUCUGCAGGAACAACGGAUAGCAACACCUCCUGUGGUGGGAUGGACGCCGCGCUCCUCGGUGUAGGUGGGCUGGGGGCGCUCGCAGCGGGCCACAGGGAGAGCGACGGAAGCACCUACUCCCAUCGCAACGUACGAGGAUCCCACAUGUCCGAGAUGUCCGCCGACGAGCUGUCCCAUCUGCGAUCGACGGAUCCGGAACGAUACAGCCGCUUCAUUUCGACGGGCAGCACGCUGUUGGGUCCCAACUAUCGGUCGAGCCCCGAGGACGAGUCGUCUAACGACACAUCGACGCCUGCCCACCCGGUACUUGGCGGUACUUCGGCUCCGCAUCCGACACGCCUUGCCACUAUCCGCAGUGUCGGCGAGCUGGGCGAGAGGAGCGAGAGCGGCUCGCCACAGCAAGGAUCAAGCGGGCUGUACGGGUCAUUGGGCGCCUCCUCAGGGUCAAGGCGCGCUGUCUCCCCUUUGCCCGUAUACGAGCCUCGCGGUGAGACUCCAGCAGCCGACCUGCCGAAGUACGCGAUGCAUUCCCGACCCACUUCCUCCAGACCAUCAAGCGCGGGAGAGGUGUUCAAGACACCCAUGUCCGAGGCGCGAAGUCUGUUUGUCACCCCACCCGAUUCGCCGGAACACACAAUCCCGUCCAACUCACCGGAGGCAAGACCCGCGUCAGACGGUCGUCAAGGCGCCCAACUGCCAGAGACGUCAGCUGCAAGUGCCGGCGUGCUUGGCGGUGUCGCAGCAGGAUGGCGGCGUCUGACAAUGGGACAGUUCGCCUGGGUGCCUGCAGCCUCGCAGGACCACCAAGCGCCUUCCUCUUUGGGCGAUGUGGAUGAACCCGAUCCGCGGUUGAGCUACGAUCACGCCCAGCGGCCGUCUGAAGACUCGAGUCGGCUGGUGCACCAACGGCAUGGCUCUCGAGUGGAGACGAGCGAGACAGGUAUGGCGCCGGUAGUAAGGAGCCACAAUGCGAGCGUGUAUGGUCCUUCAGCGGUAGGUCAUGGUUCAGGGAGCAGUGGAGAGCGGGGUGCCUCUAGGCCGAGCCUGUCGAGUCGUUCUCGAGCCGGCUACUCCGCGAGCCAGUCUGCGUUUAGCGGCCGACGCACCACGAGCGAUAUGGACAGCCUCAGCGCUGCCGCGCAGGCCAGCUCGUCCCGAUCUACCCGCACCGGUGGCGCUAGCGAGAGAAGCAUCUCCACCGGCGCUGCCAGCUACAACCCUAGCAACGACGCGCCAAGCUCGCGUGCUGUUGCGGGCGACGAUUCCGUAGCGACCGACAACGCGACUAGGAGCGGCGAGUCGGCAAGCAUCAUGUCGGAUGAGGUGUCGCACUUUGCCAGUAGUCGCGCGACCAAUGGCAGCAACUCAGUGGAGGAGCGCAAGAGGCCAAGCGAGGGGCUGAGCCGACUCGACAGCUUGCGAGAGCGCGACGAGUCGAUGGAUCCCUUCGGCUCGCUGGAAGGCGACGCGGGAGGCAGUCCAACAUCUGGGGGUUGGAGACCGUCACCGAGAGUCGUCAGCGCAUCGCAACAGGCCGCUGAAGCACUGGUUCGACCUCAACAGCAUCCUCAGGGGCCAAGGGAUGACGCUCCGACAGCUCCGUAUCCCCAGGAGGCUUCACACCAUUGGGACGACCUCGAUACGACAUUCAGAGGACCGGAUCGCGCUGCCGAUCUGGAGGCUGCUCCGGAGGGCCAGACAGCCGGAGAGGGAUCCGACGAGGAGCAGAGAUGGAAUCGCUCCUUUGAGUGGCCCAAGUUCCUACAGUUCUAG